UAUAUAAGUUGCGGUGAAGGUAUUUUUUCAACAGCGAAGAAAACGAAGCAAUUUUUGCUGUGUUUUAAAAGGUAGACAUUCGUUAAUUUAAUUUUUUCUUUUUUUUUGCACUUAACAUAGUUAAAACUCAGUGUUUUUAUUGACUUUAAUAGCUAGUGCAUAUUUAUUUAAAUUUUAGCGCCAUCUGUUGGCGAAAAUGGAGGCAAUACUGAUUCUUUUUUAUUUUUUUGGGAUUUCUGUCGCCAUACUGGUUUUUAUUUUCACAUGCACUUAUUGCUUAAGUCCGAGAAAAGCAAGAAGAUGGAUGGUAAAAAGUUUCAAAAUUCUUUUCGAGGCGUUCUGUUUUCGAUUGAAGUGCAACAAAGUUACUACAGACAUGGAAGAUAUUAUUGAUCGUUUUAGCGCGUAUAUCCCCGAAACGAAAAGAUUUUUUAAGACAUUAGAAGAAGAAUAUCAUUUUCGCAGAGUUCUUGACAUUCUUAAUGCUUCUAUUUCGGAAUUUCAAUUCUCAAUCAUGCCAGCCGGAAGUCUUCGUGAAGGUUUUGGGAAAUUACAGCCUUCCACUUCAGCACUUGCUUCUGAUUACGACAUGAUGCUCAUCCCAGAAGAUUGCUUCGCUCAGUUUUCACAAGGAUUAAAACUAGUACCAAGUAACAACACUUCAGACACAGACACUAUUUUCGAAGCAAUUCGACCUCCGGGAACUGAAGAAGCAUUUUGCUGGCUGAAAUUAAAAGAUGACUUAUCACCCCGUCACGAGCAUUGGAAGCGUUUUACGGUGUAUAAAAAGGUUAAUGGAGAGGACGUAUUAGUGUUGUCUAACGAUAAAGUUCGAUUUGAGCUGAAAAAGCAAUUAAUAACCGCUAAACGAGACUUGGGAUACAUGGAUGCUUUAGCGGAAGAACUGACCACUGGAGAGCGUAGAGAAAAUAAAUACGUGCCAAAUAUUGAAGUCAACGGGCCAGCUGUCACAAUUAAAAUCAAAAAAGUGGAGGAGCCGCGGUGGAAUAAUUAUUCCACCAAAUGUUUUUCAGCAUUGCACACGUGUACUUACCUAUGCAAUUGUUGCUGUUGCUGUGGUUGUUUUUUUCCAUUGAGAGAAACGGGUGAAGGAAGAGAAUUAUAUUCAUUCUACAGCGAUUUCACUUUAUCAUUACCAUGUAAAGAGUGGCCCGUUGAUGCUGCAGAAUGGUUUACGCGUGAAAGAAACUGGCCAACUAAUGACAUUGUUAACAAAAUUAAAACUUCCGUCACCCAUCUUGUUCCGAAGCCGUCAACAUCAUUGUCGCCGAUAACAUUCAUCGAAAGUCAAGAUGUUGUUCAAGAAGAGCCAGAUAAUACCCAAAUUUAUGGAAACCUUCCACCGACUGGCUUUGCACAAGCUGACAAAAGCGUUAAAAAGAGUGGUGUAGAAUUUCGAAUCUCUUUUUCACAACCUGAAGCAAUUCUUGCGUCACAUGCCCCAGUGAAAACUAAAGAAACGUAUCUAGCUUUUAAAUCCACUAUCAAGCGAUUACAAGAACAACUUAACAUUCCUGGACGAUACAAGAUCGAAACGUUUGCGCUAAAAAGUAUAUUUUAUCGAACUCUUGAAAAACUACCUGUGAUGUACUCGUUUAAUAACACAGGCGCAAGAAAAAAAUUGCUUAAGUUGUUAUUUGAGGUAAGAUACUAACGUAAUCUAGUAAUU